CUGACUUGUCCGAAGUCCGUCUACUGUCUCCUCCAAUAAAUUCGCCAUUAAAACCUUUUUUUCUCUCUCUGUCGGGACUCUGCAAUUCACCAGUUACACACACAUAAAAAAAAAAAAAAACCUUCUGAGCAACAAAAGCUUCAAUUCUCCAGCAUAAAGUCUGCGUCUUUCUUUCAGAUGUUAUGACUUAACGGGUUUUAUGUAGCUGUAGCUAUGGAGCUGAAGUGUGUUUUUUGUCAGAAACGAUCUCUGUUCUUGAUUUCUUGUCUGACUUUGCUUUGUCUCGCGUCCUUGGAUACUAUAUCAAGUGAAUCAACUCAAAAUGCAACUAAUUUCAAGAAAAGCUCUCACAGAGUUUCUUGCCCUUCUGAUUGGAUCAUUGGAUUGAACCAAACGAAAUGCUAUGGUUACUUUAGAAACUCCACUACAUGGGAGAAGUCAGAAAUGUUCUGUAGAACUUAUGGUGGUCACUUGGCAUCGGUUGCAUCGAGCAAAGAACUCAGCUUUGUUCAGAAACUUUGCAUUGGAAAUGUUAGUGGUUGUUGGAUUGGAGGAAGAAGUCUGAAUUCUUCUACCUCCGGUUUCCGUUGGAGCUGGUCCGAUCCUAAGACUCCUCAAUGGAACCAAUCCUUGUUUCCUAAAGUGCCAUUACGCACCCGCUGUGGCAAUGGCAAUGGCAGUUCAUCUUGUCGUGCUAAUAUCUGUAUAGCCGUGACAAACGGUUCAGCACCAAUCUUUGGUGAAAGAUGUAAUGCGUCUCAUGCUUUCGUUUGCGCUGUUGAUUCUGAUAUCAAAUGUCGCAAUUGUCACAAAUAUCUAAUUAUCCUCGCCGUUGUCAGCGGUUUGAUUCUCUUCACCACAUUUGCCAUCAUAUUAUGGCUCCUUGUCUACAAACGAAGCAAAAAACGCCGAAAAUCACGAAAAGUAUCAAAUCCAGCUUCUUCAUCAUCAGUAGUUCCUCCGUCAUGGAAGAUCUUCACUAGUGAAGAACUGAGAUCAAUGACGAAGAACUUCAGUGAAGCAAACCGUCUGGCCGGGGAUGCGAAAACUGGUGGAACCUAUAGUGGUGGUUUAUCAGACGGGACUAAAGUGGCGGUUAAGCGACUAAAAAGGUCUAGUUUUCAGAGGAAGAAAGAAUUCUACUCCGAGAUUAGACGAGCGGCUAAACUUCAUCACCCGAAUGUAGUGGCCAUCAAAGGUUGUUGCUAUGAUCACGGAGAACGUUUCAUUGUAUAUGAGUUCAUAGCUAGUGGACCGCUCGAUAGAUGGCUACACCAUGUGCCUAGAGGUGGUAGGAGCUUGGACUGGAACAUGAGAUUGAACAUCGCCACAACUCUUGCCCAAGGAAUCGCGUUUCUACACGACAAGGUCAAGCCACAAGUGGUGCACCGCGACAUCCGAGCAAGCAACGUGCUACUUGAUGAGGAGUUUGGAGCUCAUUUAAUGGGCGUUGGUCUCUCAAAAUUCGUCCCUUGGGAAGUAAUGCAAGAGAGAACCGUAAUGGCGGGUGGAACCUACGGUUACCUAGCACCCGAAUACGUAUACAGAAACGAGCUCACCACGAAGAGCGAUGUCUACAGUUUCGGAGUCCUUUUGCUUGAGAUUGUGAGCGGUCGUAGACCAACUCAAGCGGUAAAUUCUUCAGUUGGAUGGCAGAGCAUAUUCGAAUGGGCCACACCAUUGGUUCAAGCAAACCGUUGGUUAGAGAUUCUUGAUCCGGUUAUAACGUGCGGUUUACCGGAAGCAAGUGUGGUUCAGAAAGUUGUGGACUUGGUUUAUUCUUGUACUCAAAAUGUGCCAUCAAUGCGUCCAAGGAUGUCACAUGUUGUUCAUCAGCUUCAGCAAUUGGUCCAACCAUUAGAGAUUAAGUAGUUAAAUUACUUAACAUAAGUCUCAAUAAAACACUUUUUGUUUGACUGUAUAAUCGAAUCUUAGGAGACAUUUCAUUGUCAAAUUACUUUUUAUGGAAAAAGUUAAGAAAUGUUAUAGCCAAAAACGAUGUCGUAUUAGAGAAAGUUCUUUGGAAGUUUAUAGGAUUGCAUCUAAA